AUGCUGAACUCACCAACAACCCCCUUUCCUCUUUACUUGUUCCCAAGCUUCAACUUCCGCCGGCGCAGCAGCUCGGCGUUCAGCGAUUCUACCAGCUCGUCGUCAUCGCUGUCUUCGUCCCCGCCACAGCCUACAUCCUUUCUCGCCACCCAGCCGACCUCGCAUCUUCGUUGUCAGAAAUGUCUCGCCGAUCUUAUUCCUACGUCGUCAAUCAUAAGUAAGGGUUUUACUGGAAGACAUGGUCGCGCAUACCUUGUCAGUUCACCGCCGUCAUCCAGCUUUCUCUCAGGUGGGAACAUCGCACCAGCAGGCUUCAAGAAUGGCGACUUGCCCAACACACUCACACACAAGCCUCAGUCCCGACAGCUGGUCACUGGCGUACACAUUGUGUCUGAUAUAAGCUGUCGCAGUUGUGGUAGCGUUUUAGGAUGGAAGUAUGUCGACGCUGCAGAAGACAGUCAAAAGUACAAGAUCGGAAAAUUCAUACUUGAGGCUAAAAGGACUGUGAAAGGAUCAGAAUGGGAUCCGGCCUUGGAAGUAGAGGACAAUGGCAUGGUCACCGAGGCCAAGGAGACAGAUAUCGAAUUCGAUUCGCAGGACGAAGAUGAAUGCGAGGACCUCUUCAGUGGCAUCUGGACUCCACAGCUGGCAGCACGGAGGAGGAAGCGCCGCACAUAA